UUGGCUUCCUGUGUCUCCUUUUUUUGCGCUUAUUUCUUCCCCCCUUCAGUUACUUGAGCUACUUCGCGCUACUUUAACCUUUGUUUUAUCCGCUCUUUUUUAUAUUAUAUAUAAUGUGGCUGCUUGCCGGAUAUUCUUUGCGAAACAGGUUUUUUUCGUCCGAGAUCAUUUUCACUAACAGCAUCUUGAUGGUGUUUGUUUUUUUGUUGCUUUCGGUGGAUAUGGACUAAUUAGAAAACCGUAUAAAUGCACCUGCCGUCGAAGAGAUAUUCAUCUUUUGAAAUCCAAGAGGUGUGUGUGCCCUGGGUGCAGCCUGGCCUGUGCUUUGCUGGUGAUGAAGAACCCAGGAGCUGCAGAAAGCCGGCGGCUAGUCGGCCUGCUGGAGGCCGCACUGGUCAGGGAAGCUCGCCUCUGGAAGGCGCCUGUCUUCAAGAAUGGAUGCAUCCAGGGCGCUGACAUCUCUUCAUCUCAGCACCAUGAAAUUAUUCUUUGGCUCGGCCAAAUGAACAAACUGUUCCACUUCUGUCCAGAGACCUUUGCACUGGGAGUGUGUGUCCUCAACAGACUGCUGUCGGCUGUCAAGGCCCAGCCAAAAUACCUGAAAUGCAUUGCUUUUACCUCAUUGGUCCUGGCUGCCAAAAUCAAUGAGGAAGAUGAGGUAAUAGGCUCUGUUAGAGACCUGGUUGUGCAGAGCGGAUGCAACUUUUCUACAGCGGAGAUUCUUCGCAUGGAGAGGAUCAUUCUAGACAAGCUGCACUGGGACUUGUACACGGCAACACCAGUCGACUUCAUUCACAUAUUCCACGCCCUGCUCGUCUCCGGCCACCCCCACCUCAUUCCGUCCAUCGGUGUCGGCUGGGACUCAGCAACGGACCCCGCUUUGCUUCCCGCCAGGUCAGACCAUCAGAAGACGCCUCCGGUCUUCCAGGCGGCGUUGUGGACCAGGCAGGUGCAGCACUGUAUGGCUUGCCACCAGCUCUGGCAGUUCAAGGGCUCCACGUUGGCCUUGGCCAUCAUCACUUUGGAGCUGGAGGCGCUCACGCCCGACUGGUUCCCCGUGUUUACCGACCUGCUGAAGAAAGCACAAGUUGACAGUGGCGAGUUCAUCCACUGCAAAGAGAUGGUGGACGAGUACCUACACAGCCUGGAGUUCUCCCUGCCGGCCAACGCCGUCUACAUCUUCGACAGCACCCGGAUCCAGGAGGAGGAGAGAGUCUGGAGCCCCACGCUGCGCCUUCGACAGGCCAGGAGGGAGCGUGGCAGCAAAGAGCUGCGGGACUCAGACGAGUAUUACGACGGUUUUAGGCGUUUGUAUAAUGAGGAGUCGACCCCGGAAGCAGGGAGAGGCGAUGUCAAGGGUUUGUUUGAUUCCCAGCAGAAGAACGUCUCCCCCUGCCCACCACUGCACCCCGCUGUCAACUAAUAAGAUAAUUUACUCACACCGUCCACCUUUUACAAGUGCACAGUGCUCCCAAUCCUAUAUACUGUUAUUUAGCACAUUUUAGACCCACAAUUGUAAGCUUCCAGAUGUUACUCAUAUACCGUAAUUAUUAAGAAUGGAUUUAAACGAAGAUUUAAGACCAAAUUCUUGAGGUCUGUGCACUUGUUUACACCCAAAUGUGAAUCUGGAGGUGUGUGUGGCUCAGUCUUUGAGUUAUUCUUAUGCCAUAACUUGGUUUCUGUGUUGACAGCCGGGCAGUUUGUGGGGAAUUGUUGAUAUUGACUGAACUGAGAUUUGAAUGUCUCUCUGUGAGCAGGGCUUUCGGUCCAUUUUAAGUUCUCGGCCUAUAAAUAAUGCCAUAUUUUGUUCUACUUUUAACCUACCUGUCCUUUUAUAUCCACCACAAAUGGUUUUGUGUAAGAGAUGGAGGUAAAGGAUAAGAUUUAGGCAGUUGUGUGUGAGUGUGUGUUUUCUGAGUGGUUGAGGUCAGGAAUGGCUUUUUUUAUGUUUGAUAGUCGAUCCUGAUAUUGUUUGUCGUGAGGUAUCUUGGUGCUGAGGGUUCCUCCCAGAGCCACAUAGCACUUUGAGAUAAAGACAUACUUUUUUUUAAAAAUGCAAAUAUUUUUUCAAAAUAUUUUUUUUUAUUUGAAACUUUUACUUACUUGUACUAAACAUUUUUGUGCUACCUUAAGUGUUUUUUUAUUUACAUUUUACAAAAAAGCUUUAAUUUCAUAAGUAAAUGCUGCAAAUGUUUUUAUUUCAUUGAUAUUUCAGCCUAUGUUGAUUUUUACUUUAUGCAAUUGUUACAUAUCAAGCAAGAGCACCUUUUUGUGAGAUUUUGUUCAACACUAGAGCAGAAUGACAAAACAGUCAUUUUUCAAAUCAAGAGAUUAUCUGAUUAGUCAAACAGCAUCAAUGUUUUCUAAUAUUUUCUAAGAGCAUACUGUAUGAAGGCAUCAAUAAUCAUACUCAAAGUAUUAUCACAUUAUUGAUGCUGAAGUUUCAUCUCGUUACUGAAGGUAACAAAAUGUUUCCAUAAACUGAAUAUGCAGUGUGACCAGAGGGACUUCACCUGCACUGCCCAACAGUCGAGUACUGUGUUCAGACGAAUGUCAAUCUCAGCAAUGCGAUGUUCAUAAUGUGAACUGGUUACUGUCCUCCCAGCUGUAAAGUCUUUUUCGAUUCAUCCAGUUGAGCUGGAUGCUGCACUGGUGACCAGUGCAAAGGGUUUUUGUUUUUCAUAUUUCUUCAAAUACUGAGGCAGCUAUAUCUUAUUGUUUUGUCAACCACAGAAAUAAAGCUAUGACUUCAAA